GGCGUACUUUUUAGCAUUUCACUAUCAAAUUACAUAUUGGGAACUCAAAGUAUUUCAACUGAUAGGAGCAAUUUUUGCAGGAGACAUUAUUCUGGUUAUCAAGUCCACUACUCUUGCAUUCAACUGUAGCCCAUAGAUUGAAUAUAGUCAGUACAAAAUUGAAUUUUGUGGCUGGAAGUUUUUCCUUGUUUUUGAAGCGAAAUAAUGAUGCUGAAUUCAAAUUACAUUAUCAACACGCUAAUCCACAACACGAGAAAUACAAGGAGAUGGUAGAAGUUAAUGGAGCCACAAUCAUUGGAAGGGAUACUGAGAAACAAUAUUUAAAAGAUUUGCUCUCGCAAAGUAAUCCUGAUGACCUAUCAAUCCUUCCUAUUGUUGGCCUUCCAGGUUUGGGUAAAACAAGUCUUGCCAGGUUAGUUUUUGAGGAUAAGGAAGAAGGUUGGGACUUUGAUCUUAGGAUAUGGAUUCAUGUCGACGACAAUUUUGACCUUGAGAAAUUUGCAGUGUGCAUUAUCUCGGAAGCUAACAAAUUGAUGAAAGGAAAAUUUUCUCACAUUCUCAAUAGAUCAGAUUGUCCAAGCUACUUAAAGUUUAAGGAUUGUAUUGAAGAGAUUCUUUCUAGUAGUAGCUGUUUAAUUGUUCUAGAUGGUCUAUUAUAUGCAAACGAACACUGGUUGCCUGAUCUGAAGUAUGUGCUGGGGGAGACUAAACAUAAAUGUACAAGAUUUAUAGUGACGACUUCUAGUGAAGAAGUUGCACAAGUGAUGCACACUGUUCCAUCCUACAAGUUAGGCGGUUUAUCUGAAGAUGAUUGCUGGACUUUAUUUUCUGAGAAAGCAUUUGGAAGUAGGGAUGCAACAAUUCAUUCAUGGCAGACAAAGAUUGGCAAGGCGAUUGUAAAGCGGUGCAUGGGCAUGCCUAUAUUAGCUCAAUCUCUUGUCUGAUGGUGCAGAAUCAAGACAUGGAAACUUGGCUUGCUGCAGGGAAUGAUGAAUUGUGGGAACUAGUGGAAAGACAUUCCCUUGAAAGGGAAGUGUUCUCAUCAUUCAAGCAGAUAUAUUACGACAUGUCCUUGAUGUUAAAAUCAUGUUUCUUAUACCUGUCAGUCUUUCCGAGAGGAUCCGACAUAGAUAAGGAUGAACUCAUUCGUCAAUGGAUUGCAUUAGACUUGAUUAACUCUAGCAGACAUGGGACCUUACCUGCAUUUCUACACGGGGAGAUGUUCAUUGAAGCACUUGUAUCAAGAUCAUUUCUUCAAAUUGUCAACACAUCCUUAGUUACCGAGAAGAAAUGCAAGAACCCUCCUCCUACCAUUCUUAAAGUGCACGGCUUGGUUUACGAUUUUUUGAGAUAUAUUGCAGCGGAUGAUAUAUUUACUUUGGAUUAUGCGAAAUCACCAAAUAUUUCUGUAAGAAAUCAACCUUUCCGGUAUGCAGUAUUAACUAAUUACAGUUGGCAAGCUAAAAUGCACGAAGAUUUCAUAGCCAAGGCCAAGGCGGCAAAAGCAGCAAUUUUCAGAAAUUGUGAGGCAACAAUGCCUAUUGCGGAUAUAUUCCCAAUACUAAGAUACUCACGUCUCUUGGAUCUCAGUGGAUGCCUCUUUCAAGAAUUACCUACUUCUAUCGGUGAAUUGAAGCAUUUGAGAUAUCUCAACGUUUCGUUCUUCAGGAUAACUGAACUUCCCAACGAAAUGUGCUGCUUGCGAAGCCUUGAGUAUUUGGAUCUCUCAAAAACAUGCAUCGAAGUUCUGCCCUUGUUUGUUGGAGCUUUUGAUAAGCUGAAAUACUUCAAUCUACAUGGAUGUGGCAAACUCAAGAACUUGCCCCAAAACAUUGGUGAUCUCAAGAGGCUAGAACACCUCAGCCUGUCAUGCUGUCCUGAAAUCCGUGAGUUACCUUCAUCUAUCUCCGGUCUUGAUGAACUUAAGUUGCUCAACCUAUCAAGUUGCACCAAGCUUGAGCUACUGCCUCAUCAGUUCGGUAACUUAUCCUGUUUAGAGAGUCUUGAGAUGGCAGGAUGCUGUAGUCUUCAGAGAUUACCAGAAUCGUUUGGUGGCCUCUCUAAGCUCUGUUCUUUAAGCUUAGCAAGUUGUUCUAGCCUUCAACGAUUGCCAGAUUAUAUUGGUGAGUUGUGUAGUUUAGAGUACUUGAACAUUUCACAUGCUCACCUUGAGCUACCGGAUUCACUGACCAAGCUCCAGAGCCUCCACAUAGUGAACUCAUAGUUUGUGAUCAACUGAACUAAUGAGGGACAAUCUCAGUUGAAUGGGCAAUAGCAAGAGGUGAAUCUGACUGAAGAGAUUGGGUGUUGUAUAUGUAUGCACUAAUGUGUUUUUCUUGUAACCUAGUGGAGCAAUUUACUGCCAAGAAAACCAUGAAAUUCAGUAUACAAACGGACAGUUUAACACUGUUGUAUAUAUAUUUUAAUGAAUGUGAAACACGGUGAUGGAUUUUGAUCCCUCGAGGUGACAUACCUUUGUUUCUUAGUACAUACCACCUAAAUAGU